UCAAGUUCGAUAGAAUUAUUUUUCACCGAUAACUUUUAAUGUUGGAACUUUCACCAGUUUCAAUUUAUAAUGAAAAACUUAUUAAGGUGUACAUGCUUACAGAGAAUGACCGUUAGAUAGCACCACUGGUGGUCUGAGCUACAGUAAAGAUCUGCGAGAGGGCAGCAUUAGAAUUGUAGUCGUCAAAAUCGGUUCGGAGAAAUCAUUCAUCUUAUCUCUGUGACGCGAGGUUACCGAGUUGAUACCAACUCAUCUCUGGUUGAUAGCUGUUAAACAUAUCAGUGAUUACCAGACUAGUUAGACCAAGUUAUACUGUGGUUGAUAAUAAUUGAAAAGGUCGUUGAACGUCUCGUGAGAAGUAAUUCAAGAAUUAUUCAAGUUCAUCAUUUCGUGCGAGAAAGAUUCUUGGUUAAAUGCUCACAUUCGGCAUGAACCACAACUUAUGGAGAGAAUUAAUUUAAUUAUUGCAUGCAUUGCCUAAUCACAUUAAUUUAUGAAGCAGAUAAAGCCAUGGAAAUGCAGGGACACGUGGCAUUGGUCACGUUGUCAUUGUUUAUUGGAAUUGCUGGAGCAGCAAUUUCAACACCUCCAUCUUUAUAUGCAAAUGUCACCAAUGCUGAGUACGACAAAAGUUACACGAGCGUGGUGAACACCUCCAUUGAAUAUGUUUUCCUUUACAGCGAAACUAAUACCUCGUCAACCGAUGGUGCCCGAAUAAAGGUACAAAGCAAUGCUACGCGUGAUCUUCCACUAAUUAUAGUAGUGAGGCAAGAAAAAGGAAUUCUGUCGUGGCAAAUUCCUUACGUGGUGGAAUCUUCACAUUUCGAAACUCAAAUGUAUAAUACAACUAGCCGGACUUUAUGCUCAAGCAGAUACUGUCAACGAAAUCUGUUAAACCAUGAAGAAUUUGUUACCGUUAGCAUUUCUACUGCUAGCACAACCAACAUUGAUUUUGAAAUGACGGUCUAUCACAUUCGAGGUUUUUAUUUAAGGCUUGAUGAAAAUCGUACAAUAGAUGUCUCUCCGGCAGAACCGGUAUAUUAUGGCUACACAUUUCCUGGACAAGCAGAGAGUUCAUCGGUUGUGGUUCGAGUGGAGUCUAAUAGUGACACUUGUAUGACAGUUUCUAUACAAAAUAUAUCGUGCCCUGUUUUUGAUUUAGAAAGGAAUAUUCAGUUUUCUGGAUAUUGGCAAACAGUCAGUCGAAGAGGUGGCAUAACUGUACCGAGAGAUGCUUAUCCAUUAGGUUUUUUUGUGGUAUUCGUUGUCAAAGGUGACGACGUAGACUGUACUGGGUCUGUCAAAACUAGUUUCCCACGCAGUAAGACUGUUUUCUUGCUAAUCAAUGCUACUGUUACUAAACACGAUUAUUUAGUAGCAUCAAUUAUAAUAUUUGGUCUUACUCUGGUAUUUUGCACAUUUUACUUAAUCGGAGUAAUACUAUUUAGAAUUAGACAUGGCAGAAGAUUAAAUGAAGAGCUGUUAAAUAAUUUAGAAAAUACAGAGCAUAAUAUAUCGAGUUCAUCAACGGUAGGUGAUAUUGCAACUAGUCAAUGGGCUUCAAUUGAUGAAGAUUCUUCAUUAGAUGAAGAUGAUAUUGAUAUUCUGGAGGAUGCAUUUUCAGACAAAGAAGUGAUACGUACGAAACUCGUAUUAUCGGUUUGCGAUCUUGCUCGGAAAGAUCCAAAGAUCCUUAGGCAUAAAUCACGCUUAUACUUAUACUAUCUAGUGACGGUUGCAGUUUUUUAUACAUUGCCAGUGAUUCAACUAGUUAUAACGUACCAAAACGUAUUGCACGUUACCGGAAAUCAAGAUCUCUGUUAUUACAACUUUCUGUGCGCUCAUCCAUUGGGAUUUCUGUCGGAUUUCAACCAUGUGUUCUCAAAUUUCGGCUACAUUGUAUUGGGUCUGUUAUUCAUUUUGUUAACAUACACAAAGGAACAAAAAGAUCAAGACAAUGAACGAAAUAAGAGCUACGGAAUCCCUCAGCAUUAUGGUUUGUUUUAUGCAAUGGGCACAGCAUUGAUGAUGGAAGGUGUCUUGUCGGGAAGUUAUCACCUGUGUCCCAAUCAUAGUAAUUUUCAAUUUGAUACAAGUUUUAUGUACAUAAUGGCAGUCCUGUGCAUGGUCAAGAUCUAUCAAACUCGUCAUCCUGACAUUAACGCCCGAGCUCCAGUAACGUUCGGCGUUUUAGCGCUUAUGAUAUUCUUCGGUUUAGUUGGCGUGUUAGACGGAUCGCGAUAUUUUUGGAUAAUAUUUUCCAUAAUACACCUGAGUACUUGUCUGGCGUUGACCGCUCAGAUCUACUAUAUGGGCAGAUGGAAGUUUAACGGUGGAUUAUUACGCCGCGUUGUAAUGACGGCUAGGCAUGACGCCCGUGCAGGUCUGAUUUACCUCGUGCGACCAAUUUACGGUGCUAGAUUAGUGCUGCUUGUGAUAGCAAAUCUUUGCAAUCUCGCCCUGGCUAUUUUUGGAAACAUGCACCACGAGAAAGACUUCGAUACAUAUUUACUCGCCGUGCUGAUGACCAAUUUACUGUUGUACAUGGUCUUUUACAUCGUUAUGAAGGUUUGUGUUUCACAUUGUUAUAUAAACGUUGACAAUAUAGUCAUGAUUAAUCCUGCAACGUUUUACUUUCAGCUUUGCCAUAGAGAAUGGAUAAUGUUAGAGCCGUUAAUAUAUAUAAUUCUCGCAAUUCUUGUGUGGGGUGCAGCUCUCUAUUUCUUUAUAAACAAGUCCAUAUCCUGGGCUCUUACCCCUGCCCAGUCGCGCCUUUACAACAAGCCUUGUGAAUUGUUGAACUUUUUCGAUUCACACGAUAUAUGGCAUUUUCUGUCCGCUUUGGCAAUGUUCUUCUCAUUCAUGGUCCUCUCAACUUUGGAUGAUGACCUCGUUAACGUGCAUCGUAGUCAAAUUCCGGUAUUUUAAUAAGAUAAAGAGUUGUGAUAUACGGUAAGCUCCUUCGUUUCUUUAUAACGUUCAAUAGAUAAAGUACAAUAAUCGUGAAACUCGUGCAUAAUGCUCGUAUAUUCCUUUUAAGUUUUUAUAUCAAAACAAUUUUACCUUGGAUAUUGCAUAAUCUUGUAGUACCUUAAACUGUAAAUACCUUUAGUAACAAUAAAUAUAUUAUAUUGCUAUUUA